GUCCAGAUAUUGACAUUGAGGGCCACAAAGGAGGAUUUAAAAUGCCUAAAUUCAAGAUGCCAUCAUUUGGAAUGAAAGGUCCAAAGGUAGAAGGCCCAGAUGUUGACAUUGACCUUCCAAAAGCAGAUAUUGAUGUCAAAGCACCUGAAGUUGAUAUUAAAGGUCCAGAUGUCGACAUUGAGGGACCAAAUGCAAAACUGAAAGGAACCAAAUUCAACAUGCCAUCCAUUUCUGGACCAAAAAUCUCCAUGCCAGAUGUGGACUUCAAUUUGAAAGGCCCAAAACUCAAAGGUGAUGUGGAUAUCAAUGCUCAAAAAAUAAAAGGAGACAUCAAAGCACCAGACAUUGACAUCAAAUCUCCUGAUGUUGAAAUUAAAGGGCCAAAGGGUGGAAUUGAAAUGCCGAAAUUCAAAAUGCCAUCAAUGAACAUCAAAGGCCCUAAAGUAGAGAGCCCAGAUGUUGACUUGAGUCUAAAAGGACCUAAAGUUGAAGGUGAUGUGGACAUCAAAGUGCCAAAAAUCAAAGGAGACAUC